AUGAGAACGGUCGCGAAGAACCCCCUCUCUCUUCGCCCAGAAGGGUUCUACUCGUAUGCAUUUCUUGCGCUUCGCGCGGCUGAGGUCGUUUGCUUGGCUAUUAUUACGGGGUUGAUGGGAACACUCCUAUCGGCGACCACGCGCGGUCGACAGCCCGCUCAGCCCAUGAUAAUUAUCCUCACCGUUUAUCCCGGACUCGCCUUGGCUUGGGCACUCCUCUCCUGGACAGGUUAUAGUCGACGGUACUUCAUGUAUGAUGUGACCUGGUCCAUAGAUUUCGUGCUCCUCAUCCCUUUCGUCGCCCUCACUGUGGUCCUUGGCCUGCCUAUGGCUGACUUCAGCUGCUCGGCUGUUCGGGAGAAUGGGAAAUUCGAAAUCAGCGCGCCACCUAGUCUUGCCUCGGGGAGGAUGGCCUUUGCAACCGACGGCCGCUCUGCCUGUUCCAGGUUAUUUGCCGUCUGGACGCUACUGAUCGUUGUGUGCGUCCUGUUUACGCUCAGCGCAUUAUCUAUUGUGUUCCUUCAGCUUGGACAGAAACAGCUCCAAAGGGCAAUCCUUGCCGGCAAGAACGACCCCAUGGCGUAUAGCCAGGAGGGCGUAAACACUCGAGGUUUCACGCCCACUCCACCGGCACAGACAGGAUAUGGCGGAUACGCUGAUGACCGUCUCAAUCUCAACAGGGCGGUUCCCGUACCGCCAGUUCGAUCUGGAUCGAGGGCGGGGGCCGGGAACUACAUCUAUGAGGAGUCGCUGGGUCAACCACCGGCGGCUAGGGUACCGAGGAUGCACCCAGAUGAAGCAUACGGAUACGGCGGUGGCGCAUUGGAAACCCAGCCCAUGAAUCCGUCAGAUACGGACACGGCACGCGACCGGCAGAAGGUCUCGCCUAUCGGUCGCGAUGAAAUUCGCCAACGCCCUGCUGGAAGACAGCUAGUCGGGUUGGGGAAUGUGACGAUGUCCUCAUCGCGUGGUCAGCCACGUAGCAACAACGGCCCGGGCAGUGUCGCAGCGGGGAGAAAGGAUCCUAUCCCCAGGUCGGCAUCCUUCGGGAAGGUGCCCGAAGCUAAAGAAACGGUAGCCGAGAACGGCUCGACACCCAAGACAAGCGAAAUGGAGACGAACAAGCCACACCGAGGGGUGGAGACCGGCAUCAGACGAGGCCACAACGGGGUCGAUGAAGAUGCGCCGGGAGAUGAGAAUCUAGGCGAUUCGGGUGCACCACAAAAACACACCUCAGGGACCCCUCUAGACCCGCAUGGCUCACUGGUCCCCAAGCCAUUGGAUCUUGGGAAGCGGGGAAGAUCUGCGAGAAAAGGGGACAGUGACUCGGCGGCCAGUGGGUGGUGGGCGGCGUUGGACAGUGUGAUAUACAAGCCGCAGGCGGAAUACGACCCUUCUAAUGUCUUGUAG